AUGGACUCUCCACGGCGGUCUCGGAACCGCGCCGCCUGUCGGAGGUGUCAGCGACGGAAAAUCCGCUGUGACGGAGAUCUUCCUCGGUGCACAUCGUGCAGAAAGGCUAAUGUAGCCUGUGUGAACGAUGGAAAACAAGAAGUUAAUCGCACGUACAUUGCGAAUCUACAAAAGCGAGUACAGUGGUUAGAGUCCUUAGUAAAGGAACAAGAUCCGACGGUCCAGCUAGAGGAUGGCCCGCAACUAGACCUAUCGGAUAUCUCACAACUCGAACCUACGGAGGAAAGCACUCAACUUGAAUCUACCAUUCCACAGGGCGCCCGCAUUCGCCGGUCAGUAACACCUCAUAAUGAACAACCCGGACCAGCAGACCCGCCACUAUCUCGAACACAUUCAAGACCGGCCCACGAAAUUGGGCUUGUCUCUCUUUCCUCGGGAGAACCGAGGUACAUUGGUCCUUCAAGCGGAUAUUUCCUAGCAAACCUCAUAUUUUCGAGUGCUGGCCGACGGACGGGGCCAUCAGGAAAUCAUGGCAACGCGAACAAGCCAAUGUCACUUUCAUCUGAGUUUUUCAAUAGCCCAGCACCACUCCCGAGUCGCAAGGAAGAUGCUGAGGAGCUUACUUCAAAGUACUUUGCUUCGGUGCAUCUCGUGUACCCGUUUCUACAUCAACCGUCCCACAUGACAAGACUCGAGAGAAUGUAUAGCAAUGAAGCACCCCCUAACCCAGCCGACGCCUUUCACGUAUACAUGGUGCUCGCAAUAGCAGCUUCGGAUCUCUCCAGACGGUUUCGAAUUCCUCUUCCGGCUGAGGGGUACUACACAGCAGCUACACAAUAUUUCGAACGUGCAUGUGCCGAUGGCUCUUUGGAAGGACUGCAGAGUCUGCUCUUGCUGAUGGUAUAUGGACUUCAUAAUCCCUCGUGCGACAUCAAUGUCUGGAGCCUAAAUUACCAAUGCUUGGGCUCCCUCAUUGACCUGGGUCUUCAGCGCGAUGUUCGCGCAUCAUCGGCAUUCUCUAUCUCGUUCUUGGAGCAGGAAAUGCGGACUCGCAUCUUCUGGGUUGUAUACAGCUUUGAUCGUACGCUGGGGACGAUGAUGGGUCGACCGAUCGGCGUGAGAGAUGAAGCGUGCGAGCUUCGGCUUCCUUCUGAUGUCUCUGAUAGUGAUCUUUCCGAGUCAAUUUGUGACGAAACCUCGCGAAAUCGCACAACUUCUCACAUGACGUUCUCUAUCCACCUUUUCAAACUCGCCCGCAUCAACUCUGAAAUCAAAUAUGUUAUGCACAGCAUCUGCAGAGAUCCUCCCCGGUAUGCCUACCCACCGGUACCAGACAUCCAUCUGUGGCAGAAAGAGAUGAUCGAACGCAUUCAGACCUGGCUUGCAGACAUCCCCUGUGGAGCUGGAGACGAUGCUAUCACAAAAAUAUGCGAAACCAAGUAUCACGAAAUGAUGAUUUUGGUGCUAAGGCCUAGCCCCGGGAUUCCUGAGCCAUCGGAAGAGAUGCUCGCGCGAUGUUUCCAGCAUGCUGUAGAUCUUCUCCGUGGUUUUGGGGAGCUUUACCGACAGGAAGCUCUCUUAUACAGCCGACUUAUUGUUCACUCCGUCUUCUUGAGCACGCUGAUAAUGCUACACUGCCUGUGGAGACUGCCCCAUGUUGCAUCCGAGGUGCAGAUUGAUGAGGUGGUUGCUGAUACGAGCAUCAGUCUAAAUAUCCUAAGCAGCAUUGGGGAGUACUGGGCCGAGGCUAAGCGCGCAAGGGAUUGCAUCCAUGAGUUAUCUGGUGCGACUGUUCAGAGACUUAUCAAGAUGCGAAGCUUAGAGGCCCCUGCAAGCUCGACUAGACAAGGCAAGAAUCAAUCAACUACCAGCACAGCAAGAGCACAGCGGCUGCAGACUGCCAAUGAAGGAGUGGAGCUGUCUUCUACACUUCGUGCUGACUCUGGAGUUGAAAAUCUGCCGCUGAACCCCUUUAUGGAUGAUUACGAUCCCCAUGUUGAUUCUAUGAGUUGGCUGCACGAUUCCAUGCCCGGGGGCUUUAUGGACUUCAGUGGGGCUCCGGACUUUGACACUCUCAUGUGGGAAGUUUUUAAUGCUAACUGA